AUGAUCAAAGAAGUGACGAGCAAAAUGUCGGCCAUGGCCGGAGUUCCCCAUGUCGUUCUCCGAGACCGAGCACGGUCGCCUUUAUUGUUGCGCAACAUCGUGUUCCUGUUCGUUGUUGUCUCUUGCUUGCAUCGGUCGAGCGCCACAACAACGACCCCUGUCACACCUCCGUACUACGGAAUCGAAGGGCAUGUUCGGAGCGGAUGCUUCACCAGGACCAUGCUCCAGAACUUUCUCGACGAGGCCGCCCUCGUUCGACGAAUGUUGAAGCAAGAGUGUGACGAACGCUUGGAACAGCAUGCAAAUGGGCACAAAAAUCCCUAUCCCGGUGAAGCGGGACUGUUCUUGGAGCGGUAUUUUGCAAAUAGCGUUAUCCAGCACGAAGGACGAGCGACAAAGGAUUAUCGGCAUCGCACGACACCGGAUUUUUCAUCAGGCACGACAGGUAGCUCGAAUCACGGUGCAAACGAAGACAGACGCCGCGAAGAAGAAGGGCCGCACACCAACAACGAUGGGAUCAUGAAUUUACUUUUCGACUUCCAUCGCUCUGAUCGCGGCACGCGGCAACACAACUACGGUUUUCUGUACGACUUGAUGUUUCUGUCUCCC